AUGUCUGCCUUCCAGCAGCGACCGCACUUUCGCACGGAUUCGUCGGACGCAUCAUCACAUGCCUCGUCCGCCUCAGGCUCGUCCUAUCAGCUCAUACUGGACCACAUUCUGACCUACCCGGCCACUUAUGAGAUCCCGCUGCGGACGAUGUAUACACUGAACUGUGCACCGCGGGCACAGCCAAUGCAUAGCCGCACUGCCACGCCGUCGAGUGCAGGUAGUUCUCCUGUGGUCUCGCAGAACCCUUGGCACGAUCACCAGACUACACAGAACUUCACCGAGAGUCUCAUGGCUCAGAUCUCACAACUGCCAAAUCAGCCGUCGUCUUUGCCACCCAGCUUCAUCACUUCCUUUGUUAGGAAAUGCUUCCCCUCGGAUUUGGUCUGUGUGGACUUUCCCCAAGCUCUUACCGGUCUUGACUACCUCAAGGACUUGGAGAGUCGUCGACGAAGGGAGGUUGCAGCUGCCAUGAGCCGAUUGGCCAUUGACCGAACCACGUUGGAAAUGGACGGCGACUCUCUGUCGGAUCGGUAUCCAGGCGUGAAGCAGUGGGUGACUGACAUCAAUGAAAAGGAACGCAAAGUCGAAGCACUUUACACUCAAGUGUAUGUUGCGUUGCGACGAUGGAUCUUGGUGAAUGAAAUGGCCUUGCUACCCUUCAGCAAGCACAACUGCAUGGCCAUGCUAAACACUUUAUAUCCGCCAGUCACUUCGACACAGCCUACGUCGAAGCUGACUCCUGCCGUAAUGCAAGCGCAGCGUCAGGGUUUCUUCAAGUAUAUUCUGAACGUCGAGCAGAGAGGACCUCAUAUCUUGAACACUCUCAUGGACCAAGGUAAACUACCGGGCGAGCAGAACGGCUGGGCUGCGGUGACCAGGACCAUCAGCAUGUAUCUGCAACUCGCCAAUAGCAUCAUUUCCGAAUGCUUUGACAUAUCGAACGUGCAUGAUUUGUCCCCGCGCACUUCUGGAGAGCUUACGCGUUCGCGCUCUCGUCAAGGCCGAAAAGUCGACUCAGGCGUAAGCUUUCACAGCAGCGGCAAAGGCUCACGACCGAAUAGCGACUCUGAGCCUCUAUCGCCUACGGAGCCACUACCGCGACCGAGAACACCUUCGGGCUCAAGGAAUGGCACGGCGUUGGAGAAACUCGCGCGAGGUCUGAAGACGAUCGGACGAAGCAGGACAGAUGUCACUGAGAUCAGUGAAGGCUCUCUUCACAGUCCGACAUUUCCAGCAACUAGUGUUGACAAACCACGGACUCUGCGGAAAAUGCGCAGUUUGGGCUCGCUACAGUCGUCGCCGAAAUUACAGGGCAGCUUGGCCAAGUCCGCCGAUGCGCCUGCCUUCGACGUUGACGCGAUGAGGAUGCAACGCAUGAAGUACGAAGCAAAUGCAUCCGCAGCUCAGAAAUUUGGCUCGCGAACAGCGCACGAGGUCUAA